CAUGUGAUUUUGUACGGAUUUAAGGAAAUGCUGUCAUUACGUUUAAUAAACUUGGUAAUUACUCCGAUUACGAAGUCAUGAUUGCAGUAACAGUUAAUCAAGACCAAGGUUACACAAUCAGGAGUUGACCUUGAAGCAAAACAAGUCAGAAUGAGCUUAGGCAAGGCAAUGUAUCUGACUUAUCAACCAAGGGGAGGGAGGAUGAGGCAAUGAUCGCAGCAGUCCACACAAGCACACCAACCCCAGCCAUGCCAGUCCAUGGCCCUGGAGAUCCUGUCUCUACUCUCAAACAGACAGAACAUGCCAAGUUUCGCUGGAGCCACAUAUUUGUUGAAUUAGGCUCAGUUGAUGAGAUCCUCCAGCCAAUAAGAUCUUCCAGUCGACUUAAAUACACCAGUAUCACAGUGUCUGCCUCUUACAUUGCUGUUGGCUCAUCCACUGGUGCUGUCUAUAUCUUCCACAAGGAAUCACUGAAAUGGCUACAUCAUCUCACAAAUGACAAGGAAGGCUCAGUGACACAGCUUAGCUUUAGCCCUGAUGAUAAUGUACUAGCUCAUGCAUGUAGCAAUGGUCAUGUGACUGUGACAGAAUUGAACAUCCAGAAGCGUGCAAGUCUUCGCCGGCUACGCUUAAGUGUUGACCACAAGGGAUCGGUUGUCACAUCCCUUGAAUGGAACUUACAAGGAAAUCUGCUCUUUAUUGGUGAUGAUGUGGGGAGAGUCUCAGUUGCUAAGGUAACGACAUCCAUCACAAAAGAUCUCCUUCAGGUUCCAAGUGAGAUCAUUCUAAGACUCGAUUCGAAGAUCAUACAACUCAGUCUCCAUGAUGAAAAGUUGGUGAUCUCAACUCUAAAGAAGACAUAUCUAUGCAACACAGUGAAAAAGGAAUAUUCACAGAUUGGCAAACAGGACAGAAACGGUGCAUUUGGUUCCCUCUUCUUCCAAUGGCCUAGAGAGGAGCCUCCAAUGAUAUUGUGUGCCCGGCCGAGGUCUCGUGUAUGGCAAGUAAAUGGUGAUGGUGAGGUGGUCCACACGCAUCAGUUCAAGGAGAUGCUGAACAUUCCAUCACUUCCCAUCGCAACGUACAGAGAGGAGGAGACCAGCUUUCCUGAUCCUGAGGAACGUAGUACCCCUAAAGUGGUCAACUUUAAUAGGCUAAAGAAGUUAGGGGACAGAUUUGUGUUCACCUGGUCAACAGAUGGCAUGUAUGUCUUCAAUCCAAAUGAUGCCACAUCUAUAUUCUGGAGCCCGUUCAAAGACAUUAUCGAUCUUGCCACAUAUCGGAAUGAUGUAUUCAUUCUCGACAGCAUGUCUAAUGUGACUAAGCUGACCUUGCUCUCGGCAGAAAGAUCAGUUAUAAAACUCUUCGCACAUUCCUUGUGGAAGCAAAGUGCCAGCUCGGCAUAUUUCUUUGAAACCUUGAUUCGUCCAGCAGCAGUUCGUAGAUAUGUCCCGAGAGAAGUGUUACUUGACCUACGGGAUAAAUUUGUCAACAAUCAGUGUGAUACACAUUUGAAAAAAGUUGAAGAACUUCUGGAUUCGAUCGAAUGCCCUGAGGAGAAAGUACCGCCAUCAGUCGCUCAUACGUCAACAGUCCAUGUGUUGGAUUCUGGAAUACAUGUUGUGAAUCGACCCAAACGCAGUGAAAGUGAAUUAUCUGACAAGAGUUCUGGUGCCUCGAAUCAGAGAGGCGACAGCAGUGGGGAAUAUUCGCGAGAACUUGUCACAAGAGGUUCACCGAAAGUGCAGAAUGUUGAAAAUGUGGCAUUGUUUGCUCUGGACGACCAAAACGAUCCAGAAGAGAAAUCAUGCCCAAUGCUUAGUAUUCGUGGUGCGGAUCUUGAUGCAAUGUUGAGUAAAUCCUUGGUGGUGAGCUCACCGGAAACGGAAGAUAUUCUGAAAUAUGACAUCAACCAAAACAGCGAUGCAAAAAAUACAAAGGAAGAUUUUGACAAAGUCUUUCCAGAUUUGAGAGAGGGUUCAGGGUUAAAAACCGUCAAUGACCAAACCAAUUCCACUGUGUCCGACAAUAUUAGUCAGUUAGUCGUAGCACAUGGCAUUUUUGAUAGUGUUGAAGUUCCAGCCCUCUGUGUGCCUAGGCCGAAUGAGCAGUUCAUAUCAAGUGUUGAUGACACUACUGACUAUGGUAAUGCCCAUCAUGAUCAUGAUACUUUAGCAGAUGGUACUACUAAUGCAGCAGCAGAACGUACUUGUAACAUUGUCAGAGAUACAGAGGAGCAUUUCUGUGAUAUUGAUCUAAGAUCGAUUGGUCAGAUGGCUCCAUUUCGCAAUUCUUCUGGUGAAAUUAAUCAAGAGGCAGUGCAGGUUCCUGCAGGUAUCCAUGAAGACAUAACUGAAGAAUUCCCAGUCGAGUUACCUGUUGCAGCAGAAAACAUGUUGUCUGAGCCAGCAGUUCUCCAACGUCGGGCAUCAGAUCCUAAUUUAGUCGGCUUGGAUACUGGUAGUCCAUCGUCUGCUCGGGGAGGGCCCUUGACCAUUCGGUCAAGAUCGCCGGAUGCUCAGACAAAAGCAUCCAAGAAGGGCAGGCGGAAAACUGCAGCGCUGAUUGAAUUCGAUGAGCCAAAGGGAAAGUUGCCUGGAAAAGGGAGAAUCUACAGACAGACAGCAUCAUUGAAAAAGAAAAGUACGUCAAAGGAUGUCGAUAUCCCUUCACCAAAUGGUGAAAUGAGGCAGGGCCAACAGCUGUCACCUGCUCCUUCCAAUAUGAUGUCUGCUGCUUCGAAAAUGGUGUCUACCUCAACCAAAAUGGCGAAUGGAACAUCUUCUCCACAGAUGGCGUACAAAGUUCAUCGACCCCUGAGACAUCGAGAAACAUUCACUCCGCCUAUGGAGUCACCACAAAGGGAGUGCAGCCCUACACUUGUGCCCCAACCCCAUGGCCAGGGAGCUGAGCCAAACAUUAAGCUGAUCUUAGAAGCUACGAAAAAUGUUUUGCAAUCAAGGACAAAAAGUUUCUUGGGGAAUUUGAAGAAGAAUAUAAAGGAGACUUUCAAGGAAAGCAUGAUGACUGAGUCGACCCAUCCCGCUAUGAGAUUAAUGGCUGAGACAUACGACACGAUUGCCCCAAUGGAAGUUACCCCAACACCAGAAAUAGUGAGGCCUCGUAAGGAAGAGAAAAUUACUACGUUGCAGCAAAAGGCAAUAUCUGCAGAUGUGAUCAACUUCUACAAUGCAACAAAGGCAGCAAGCAAGGCCAUCAAAAAACCUGCCAUUGGGUACAGCAAAAAGAGACUGAGAGCAGAACUAAAGAAGUGGGUACCUCUUCUGAACGACAUGCUACACAACCUCCACCAAAACGUUUACAACGAAAAACUUGAAGAAUUCAUUGAGGAGAAAAAACUUGAGCAGAUGCCCCUCCGACAUGUGCAAGAUAUCUUUAUUGAUAGCUUGGAAUCCAGCAGCAGCAACGAAGUCCCCGAAACUCCACAUGUUGAAGAGGAUCCUUAUCGUCUGCAUAUAGGCGGAGAGGAACCGAAACGGAACAAGUCGCCUGUGAAUUAUUUCUACGAUGAAGAUGUGAACACGAGAGACAUCUUUUCAGUUCUUCACGCUCCAGUCAAGAAGGAAAUCGAAGAGGAGCGGGAGGAUGUAUUGUCUGCUGAAAAUGUGACGUCUGCUGAGCAUGUGACGUCUGCUGAGAAUGUGACGUCUACUGAGAAUGUGACAUCUGCUGAAAAUGUGACAUCUGCUGAUAAUUGUUCCAGGAGUUUUUCAGCAGACACGAAUUCAGUAGAUGGUGUGAAUCAUGUGUCAAAUCCAAAACCGGAUACACCUGAAGACUCUGACGACAUGCCAAUAGAUUACAGUGACUUUGACCUUGACCUCUCUGACAUUGUUUACGUUGACGAUCCGUUUUCUCUUCCGAAAGACCUACAUUCCCAAGUCGCAAAGUUGGUGCUAUUAUGUUUGGAGCUUGGAAUUCACGGAGAAAUUAAGGAAAAGAUUCUUCCUGUGUUAUCAGAUUGCCACAGGUGUUUUCUAGAACAGCAGAAAAAUGCAGACACAGAGGAAGUGAUUAAGUGGUCGGAAUGUGGCGAUUCUGAAAAUUCAAAUUUCCAAACUUUAACUUCAAAGUUCACAUGCUCAAGUUCAAAGUCAAAUGCAAAACUGGGUUGUGUCCCUUGUGGGGAAGAUACGUCCAGGAGUGGUGCUAUCCAAACGAGUGAAUGUAAAAGCUGUUUGGUGCUGUCCGAUGCCGUCAUAUUUAUGCGGUGCUACUUUCAUUUCUUGAACAUUCCAAAAUUAAAGAGAUUCAUCGACCAUUGCCAUGGCAACCGUAGGAUAACACUCUGGAAGGAAUUUGUUGAGUGUCUUCAUGUCCUGGCCGAUUCGUCCGACCCAUUUGCAAAAUUAAUCCAUAGGAACGAGCUGAGCUCAGCCUUCCAGCACCAUAACAACCAAGAGCUCAUUGAGAGUCCUGCAGUGCUGUCCCACGUCGUCAGACUCUUCAGCCACAACGAGAUGAAGACCAUCCAUCUUUGUGGUGACCUUCACAAGGUCAUCAGUCCACUUGAUAUCCUCUACAUGUGCCGAGAUGGUGUUGACUUUCGAGAACAUUACCUGACCUAUCUUGAUAGGCUGUCAAUGGUGACAAGCAAUACUGAGGCUGCCAGGGAAUCAACGAUAAACCAAAUUUGCCAAGAGAAGGAAGUACAGAUAGCCUGGCUUGAAUGUCUGUUGUGUGGAAGGACUAUUGACAACUCCUGUAGCUGUGGAAUGCCAAAGCCCCUUGGACACACUGCAACCUGGGAGCGUAACUGUCUGAUCAACAGUGUGAUGCUGGCCUCUGCGCCGUGUGAUAGGAUUCUACAACUUUGCCAGAAAUAUGGCUACUGGCAGGGCUAUCUGAGGUGCCUGCAGUACCCGAAAAACCGAGAUCAAUACCUCGAGAUUCUGAUUCAGUUAGGAGAGUUUGAACUCCUAAAGAAUAUCAUUGCAAAAGAGUCUGAAAAUCUAGGGAGGUCGGACUUUGAAAACCUUGUCAAGCUGAAGCAAAAGCAGACUACCCCCACAGAUGACCAGAUCUUGCUGAAGCCUGAACAUGGAGAAGUUUGGUAUUGUUUGAACUGUAGACAGCAAUUACCUUUAGAAGCUAAGAGUGACACUCCCAACAGUUCUACUGGAAUCGACUGGUCAAAACUGAUCACUUGGGAAAACCUCGCAAAACUCGUCAUGAAAAAUAUUGGUUAUAGCAAUGCCUUGGAUAUGCUACAAGGUGUCGAAGUUCAGCGCGGGGUGCUUUCGGCUGAUUUCUUUCGUACGUGUUUGCUGGCAGUUAGUGUUGAGCAGCAGCAGUGUCUGCUAGUCCAGGAUAUACUUGAGCAGAUGGAUAACUACCUAUGGCGGCGGAAACCAGGUUACUUGGCACCGCAGUUGGCAAAAAUGGUUCAGAAGGAAAGCAGUAACGGGGAAGGGAGGACCGCAGAGAAGUUGUUUUCAAUUCUGAACGACCAAACAAAGAUGAGAAGUCAGUACCUUGAAAAUCCUGCCUGUCACUGGGGUGCUCAGACUGAUCUCAAAGGUGACUGCCUAUGCUGCUCCUUGCCUUUGACUGCAAUCAUCAACCAAGCAGAAUCCGGCCUGGUUAUCUUCAACUGUGGACACGUCUACCACAAAUACUGUGUACCUCAGAAGUUAUGUCCAAUAUGCCUUAAUAAAGUUUAAGCUCACUUGAGCUUGGAAUUCUUUGGAGCUUGAGCUUGAAGUUGGCAUGUUGAUGUAUGACUUGACAUUACAACUGUGCGGCUUUGUAUAUACGCCAACUGUCCUCCACAGGUAUCUGGGUUGCAUUAUUUUGCAGAUGAAUAUGCCCCUGCUGGAAGUUUUAUAGACAUCACUUAUGUCGAAUUUACACUUGUUUGGCCAGUUUCAUGCCAACUACACUACCCAACUUCUUUUGAUUCCCACACAAUUAAUGUGUUACAAUUAUUUUCAUAAGAAUAUUAGAGCAAAUACGUAACAUUCAUAAAUAUUGAUGAUAUUUUUGUAAUCAUUUAAAAUGGAUUGUAAAUACCUUUUAUGAUUUACUGUUGAUUGUUAGUAAGAGUCUAUUAUUAUACUGCUGGAAUGAAUCAGAAAAUAAAUUGCUAAUUACUUUAAAUUUUGAACAUGAAUGCUUUGUUCUGUAUCUCUUGUCUAAAAGAUAAGGGUAAAGUUAGUGAUGCCCCACAGUUUGUCAAUGAUCUCCCUCUUCUCAGGCUUGCUCAAGUUAGGAUUUGGCCAGUAACCCCAAUUGACCAAGGGCAAGGAACCGAGGAGACCAGUGGCCAGACUCAAAAUUGACUCACCAUAUGAUGAGCAUAUGUGGGUGGGUAACGUGAUACGCAAACGGCUAGGCCCAGCACAGAUGUCAGAUUAAGAUUACAUGACAUGUUGUCACUUCAAAUCUCAUUGACAGAAUGGAAGUGGGAAAUUAACAAAGAUAUUCAAGCAAUGAAACGGUUUA